AGCCAUACGUCCAAAAAUAUCAAAAUUCUAUUCUAUUCACAUAAAUUAAGUUCAAGAACACAAUUACACUAUAGAAUGCAGGAAACAUUUCUUAUCUUCAAAUCCUGAAGCAAUCUACAGCCUACUUCAACCUUCUUCACUCUUCAUACAAGGAACUAGGUAUUUGGGUUUUCUGGGAUUUCCAACCUUAUCAGGUAGUUAGGUUUUUGAUUAACAGUCAAUUAAGCUUUGGAUUAUGAUAGUUUUCAUCAAUACCUAGUUUUAAUGGAUCAACUUCUGUAAUUUCUGCGUUUUAUUUAGCAAAAAUGGCUUCUUUUUGCCUUGUUUCUAAUUGUGUAUCAGUGGGCAAUCCCAAAAGUUAUAAACUUUACCCUUUGAGAGCUAAAUCUGUUGAUAGAUGUAUAUAUAGGUCUCAUUCUGUUUUGCCUAAAUAUGGUUGUGCUUCUUUUGAUUCAUUAAAAUCUCAAUUAUACUGUAAUUUGGUUUCUUGUAGUAAUAUAGGGUUAAUUAGCGAUGGAAAUAGGAAAAAUAAAGUUGCCCAUUUGGAAGGUAGGGAAUUUUUUAGUAUAAGUAGGAGAUUUUCAUUGAGAUUAAGGCCUAGGUUGAGGCUAUUAUCUACUAGAUUGAAAAGGGUUUCGAUUCGAUCAGCUUUUAAUGAUUUUGGAAUGUUUUUAAGAAAGCAUAUGAAGAAAUUUACCCUUGCUACUUCAAUUUCAUUUGCUCUUGGGAUAUGUUAUUUGUUUGUGAAGAUAAUGGCGAUUCCAAACCCGAAAAUUGUUCCUUAUUCGGAUUUAGUUUUAAGCAUCCAAAACGGGUCUGCUACGAAAGUUUUGUUUGAAGAAGGUUCACGACGAAUUUACUUCAAUACAAAGCCUCCUAGUGUUGAACCCCCUUGUUUAGAGGAAGCAAAUGUGCUUUUAGAGGAUGAUCAGAAUGAAAAUGUAGUGGGUGAAUCUGUUGAGGCAGCUGAUGGGCCCACACAAGUUAAGGAUACCCUUGUGCCUGUAAGACGUUUGAGGAAAAAACCCGUAGUUCCCGAGUGGCAAUAUGCUACAAGGAAGGUUGAUAAUGAUGAAAGCUUUCUUUUAGGUCUUAUGAGAGAAAAGGGUACUGUAUAUAGCUCGGCUCCUCAAUCGGCGUUAAUGUCGUUCAAGAGUAUUUUACUAACUGUCUUGACAUUAUGGAUCCCCUUGGCUCCUUUAAUGUGGCUGCUUUAUCGUCAACUUUACGCUUCGAAUGGUCCUGCAAAAAAACGAAAGCCUAGUAACCAGACUGUUAGCUUCGAUGAUGUUGAAGGCGUUGAUAGUGCAAAAGUUGAGCUCAUGGAGAUAGUAUCAUGCAUGCAAGGAUGUAUCAAUUAUAACAAAUUAGGAGCAAGGUUACCUAGAGGUGUUCUGUUGGUAGGCCCUCCUGGAACAGGAAAAACCUUACUAGCUCGUGCCGUGGCUGGUGAAGCUGGUGUACCAUUCUUCUCUGUAUCCGCCAGUGAAUUUGUAGAGUUGUUUGUCGGGAGGGGAGCUGCACGUAUUAGAGACCUUUUUAGCGUUGCAAGGAAAUCUUCACCGUCUAUUAUAUUCAUUGAUGAACUUGAUGCUGUUGGAGGAAAGCGUGGUAGGAGUUUCAAUGAUGAACGUGAUCAGACCCUCAACCAGUUGCUGACAGAAAUGGAUGGUUUUGAGUCAGACUCAAAGGUGGUUGUCAUUGCUGCAACAAACCGACCUGAAGCAUUGGAUCAAGCUCUUUGCCGUCCUGGUCGCUUCUCGAGGAAAGUAGUUGUUGGAGAACCCGACGAAGAAGAGAGGAAAAAGAUACUGGCAGUGCAUUUGAGGGAUGUUCCGCUAGACGAAAACAAGCAACUAAUCUGUGACCUUGUUGCUUCCCUCACCCAAGGCCUUGUAGGUGCUGAUCUUGCCAACAUUGUCAACGAAUCCGCAUUACUCGCUGCUCGCAGAGGCGGAGAAGCAGUAUCGAGAGAAGAUAUAAUGGAAGCCGUAGAAAGGGCAAAGUUCGGUAUCAACAAUAAGCAAAUUCAAGCAACUUCGAGUGUGAUUGGCAAGGAGCUAGGGAAGCUUUUCCCUUGGAUACCUUCUAUUAUAGGAAAGUCUGAAACUAGAACUGAUGGGUUUCAAGAGCCUAUGGGUUAUCAAACAUUAAGCUCAUGAUAUUAUGACUAUUAUUUUUGGGUUUUGUUACAUCUUAAACAAAGUGGGUGCUAAACUUUUGAUCAUUCACCCAAGCUAGUGAUACUAUUCAUGUCAAUUUACGUCUCAUGCGAUCAUGCCACGUCAUUCUACCCGACUCGCAGCAGAAACAUCUUGGUCUAAGGCGGCUGGUUGGAUUGUGGAUGUGCUAGCCCGACCCAAGUAAACCCGAUUAGACAACAAGCCGGUUUGUUGGAGACAAGAGGUCUAUGGACUCAAUCAGAUCAUCCUACAUAUGUGUAUCCUGGCAAUUUUGCCCUGUCUAAUGGGGUGUUUGGUUUUCUUUACAAUAUUUUUUAGGAAAUAUUUUAUAAUUAUUAAUACAAAUUACAAACUCAGGGGGAAAAAGAUAUUGGAGGCGUCUUACGAGUUGAGGAAAAUAAGUUUUCUCUGUUUUGGACGGUAAUGUUUGUAAACAGAUGGAAAUAUUAAUCUAUUUAGUGUUUUUUAAGAUAUCUUGUCAUCUGAGUGAUUGUCUCUUAUUGUCGGUCCAAGCUCGGAUAAAAGAGAAGGGUGACUGGUAGGUCAGUGAUAAUUAGAUUAAUAAAACUUGGUUUCAUUCCAUAAUCAUGAAUCAAAAGAUCAAUUCUCGUGAGGGUGUCUCGUAAAAAUAAAUGGAAAUAAAGUAUAC